AUCCGCUGCAGGUUUCGCUCGGCUGGAUUCCCCGCAGAGUGACAGCAUAGGCAGAAGACUAGAAGGGAAAGAAAAAAAAGUAGGGGAAACGAUAUUUAUCAACGCUAUUACUCACUCAGCAAUCAACCACCCCGAAACAGCGAGCAGGCAAGAUAAAGCAGGAACAAAAGGCAAGUGGCAGUGUGGCCAGUAAAUGUUUGCGUGCGUAAAUUGUGCGGUGCAGUAGUAGUUUCGUGCGGCCAGCAAUAUUUGCAAUCGCAGCAUCCCCAGCGGGCGCAGAGAAUCCCCAACGCACCACACGCAGCGCGAGUGAAAACAAAAAAAUACAACGAUGGAUAGCAAGGGGCGGCACGUUAUUGUUUGUGACAACGGCACAGGGUUCGUGAAAUGUGGCUACGCCGGCAGCAACUUCCCAGCCCACAUCUUCCCGUCGAUGGUCGGCAGGCCAAUCAUCCGGGCGGUGAACAAAAUCGGCGACAUCGAGGUGAAGGAAGUUGAAGCUACCAGUACGUUACCAGACCUGAUGGUGGGCGAUGAGGCGUCCCAGCUGCGCUCCCUGCUCGAGGUGUCCUACCCGAUGGAGAACGGCGUGGUGCGCAACUGGGAGGACAUGUGCCACGUGUGGGACUACACGUUCGGCCCGAAGAAGAUGAACAUCGAGCCGUCGAACACAAAGAUCCUGCUGACCGAGCCGCCGAUGAAUCCGACCAAAAACCGGGAAAAGAUGAUCGAGGUAAUGUUCGAGAAGUACGGGUUCGAUUCGGCGUACAUCGCGAUCCAGGCGGUGCUGACGCUCUACGCGCAGGGGCUGAUCAGCGGCGUGGUGAUCGAUUCGGGCGACGGUGUCACGCACAUCUGCCCGGUGUACGAGGAGUUCGCGCUGCCGCACCUGACCCGCCGGCUGGACAUUGCCGGGCGGGAUAUUACGCGCUACCUGAUCAAGCUGCUGCUGCUGCGCGGGUAUGCCUUCAACCAUUCCGCCGACUUUGAGACGGUGCGGAUGAUGAAGGAGAAGCUAUGCUACAUCGGGUACGACAUCGAAAUGGAGCAGCGGCUAGCGCUGGAAACGACCGUGCUGGUAGAGUCGUACACGCUACCGGACGGGCGUAUGAUUAAGGUAGGCGGCGAGCGGUUCGAGGCACCGGAAGCCCUCUUCCAGCCGCACUUGAUCAACGUGGAAGGGCAGGGCAUUGCGGAGCUGGUCUUCUCCACCAUCCAGGCGGCCGAUAUCGACAUGCGGUCGGAGCUGUACAAGCACAUCGUGCUGUCGGGUGGGUCCACGAUGUACCCGGGACUGCCGUCGCGGCUCGAGCGCGAAAUCAAGCAGCUCUACCUAGAGCGCGUGCUGAAGAACGACAUCGACAAGCUGUCCAAGUUUAAGAUCCGCAUCGAGGAUCCACCCCGGCGAAAGGAUAUGGUUUUCAUCGGUGGUGCUGUGCUUGCGGAGGUUACCAAGGAUCGUGAUGCAUUCUGGAUGUCCAAGGCCGAAUACCAGGAGCAGGGACUGAACGUGCUGAAGAAGCUUAGCACUAGAACCAGCAACUAGAUGCGCCAGGCUAGUCGCACGCACAUACGCUAGUUGGGGACAAUCGCGGCGGGAACGACGAGCAUUCGAAAGCAGAUGGCGCCAUUCAGUACACACCCACACAUACACACACACAAUCCUACAGUCUGCUCAAAACGUUCCGCAUUCCCGCGAUUGGGAUAGGUUAUGAAAUUACGCGCAUCCUGUAUUGCGAGUCACAGGUUCGCGAGUUGUGAAUUCCAAUUUAGUGUAAUUUGUCGUACUGCCGGGAGCCGUCCUCCAGCCGCCGCACGCGCAGUAUAGGCAACAUUGUGCCGCCACAGACAGUGUCUACAGAGCAGUUUAGUGGGGCUUUACCUUUUUUUUAAACGUAUUUUUUUUCUUUUAUGUUGUGUAUUGUGUAUAUGUGCAUUUCGAAUUUUCCCUGUAGCGUGCAUCGGCCCGUCCCCGCGCAUCGAUUGUGUAUUAGAAUUUACAGGGUGCGGGUAGAUCCACGCUACACGUGUCCAAUCGUGAAUUCCAGCUAGGUUAAACAGCAAAGCGAACGGGGUUAAAGUUGUAUUGUCAGUAUAGUUUAUGAAGAGCGCUGCAUUUUUCUUUUUAUAUGAAUUUAUUGUGUUUUAAUCGCAUUUCUGUUUAUAAACUCUCGUUAUGCAUCUAUUUCUUUCCCGAUGAAGAAAAGCAAAAAAAAAAAGAAGGAACACUCUUAAUUACGCGGACCAUUUAAAAUGUGUGUAAUGUGGAUACAGGGGGGUUCUUUUUUUAUUUAUUCAAAAACAAUUGUUUAUACGCUCAAAAUUCUGCAUGUAUAAUUUUGAAUGUUUUUUCGCGUUCUGAGUUAUGCUUUCUUGUUGAGAGUGUUUCAGUGCCUUUUCUUUCCUUUGUCCCCGGGUGUUCUUUUAUUUCCGUUUUCAGCCCCACUUCCUUCUGUCGCACGAUGGAGGCAAAUGGUGGGGGCAACUAAACACAAAACGAAACCAAAAUGAAGUAGUGCGAGCGCUUGAACAACGGCAAGCUAUGAUUUGGCACGGUGCGGUAGUAGUAGUAGAGCCCGCCGUGAAGAGUAACAAAAGAUAACGAACACAUGGUUAGAUAACGAAUGAGGUGUGCACCGCGGUCCAUCUGUGUGCGUGUGUGUGCAGUGGUGUGCGUAGGAAAGACAUACGUCUCUGCCAAAAAGAAGAAACGGAAAACGGUGAUAUAAAUGGGGGGAAGUAACUAAAUAGAACCGUGUAUAUGUGCCGCGGUUACUGAGUUAGUUGAACGAAGAUACGCUAAUCCAACGCUACGCGCGCUGAUAAAAAAAAAAAA